AUGGAAGAAGUGUUGGUUAGUGGAGGUGAAGGUGGAGAGGUGAGCAAGGGCAGCUCCAGGGCCCGGCCCGGGUCAAGUGGUGCCCGAACGGGACUUGAGAUAGAAGUUCCUCUUCGGGGACCCCGCCAGGUACGGAAUGGAGAAGGUCGCUGGGUUCCCGUCCGCUGGGUUCGAGAACUGGCGACAGGAGCGGAUGCCGAGAAGGUGGCGAAGCGAGGACGCCGCGGAUGUCAACCCAGAAGGCUGAAGAGGGAGAAUAAGAAGCGGAUCUCUCACUGUGUUUUUUCUUUAGCCUUUCUUAGUCUUGGCCUUGGGUGGGGAUUACCCGUUGGCGCCGAAGGGCGUUUGGCGAAACACCUGGUUGCACAGCUAAAUCACACUGCUAAGCCCUGGAAUAAUCUUAACCAGGAGUAUACCUAUUGGGCACUAGUACGACACUUCCCCCAACCACGUCCAGUUACUUGGAAUGGGGAUCCUGUUCCCCUAAUUGUAGUUUCCAAUGCAUCACUUCUUAUGGGCGAAGGGGUGGGACGGCCAGUUAUUUCCCAUCUUCAAAAUAAGACCAUUAUUAUGAGGAGUCCCACACUACCCAUUUGCCUCAGCAAAGGUACCCAUGCCGGUUGUGCUCGAGUAGAAAAUGAUACUAUCACUGAGUUACCGCAUGGACCCCACGGUUGGAUAGGGAAAGGGGAUCAUUUACACUUUUAUGUAUUGCAACAUCAGCAUAGUACUAUUAGCGGGUUUUUUCCCUCUCCACUCCCUCUUUGCACCCCUUCCCCUAACAUGUUUGCAGGCUUCCAAGUCUGUUCUACAGGGCAUCAAGUAGGUGGCGAAAACGUGAAUGGGACUCAACUCUACUUUCUGGAUGGACAACCGGGUCCUUGGUUUGCGGCCCCGGUACCCCAUGUGAGAAGCCCUCGAGGAGUUAUAGCCCAUGUACAUCUGUGGAAACUGGCUGCUGCCUUUGGCCCCUUGAUCCACUUCACAGAUAACAGUGCACCUCUAUCUGACAACAGCACUCUUCGGAACUGGUGGUGGGACUUGUUAUUUUCAGCAGGGCGUUCUUGCCAUUGAUUCUUUGAUUAAGAACUUGACUGACUUUGAGCAAAUAGAAGAUUGCCUUGGUCAAUUGGACACUAUUUUGGAGCAUAUUCGCAAUGUCACCCGUCAAACAAGGGAUAAUCUCUUCCCUGAUUCCCCUUUCGAUCAAUUUUUCAACUGGUUACAUAACCUGGGAUUUUCGCAAUUCCUUCUUUGGCUCAUUUAUGGUGCAGGCUUCCUGAUCCUUAUCUGCUUUAUGGCCCCUUGCCUUUUCUUUUGUUGGCUCCGUGUGCUGCGACGCUCUCUUGAGAACGUCAAAGCCGACCUCUCCCUCCCUAAGAAAAACCCUGUCUUUGUUUAAACAAAAAGGGGGAAUUGACAGGGGCGUCCUGGACCCUGGCUUCCUAGGAAGGGUGUGGAAGACCCCGACCGCCUCAGAUGACGGUUACGAGGAGGCUCCGCCUCUAGGGUAGAACAGGGGAGGGGCGCAGAGUCUUACGAGGCUCGGGAGGAGGGUCCUUGAAGUGUAUAUAACGGGCUGAGAACAAAGGAUCGGGGGGAUCCUCCACAAUAAAGAGCAUACACCACA